UGCUCCUUGUAAAUUGAAGAAAAUCUCUCUCUCUCUCUCUCUCUACCUCCAUCGGAGCCCAUGUUGUGGGGAUACCCAACCCCAGUAGCAAUUCGUUUCUUCUUCCUCCCUUGCUCUGAUUCAAUCAAUGCUCUUUCAUUCUCUCUCUUCAAUUCCUUGUCAGAGCCAAACCCUUGUCGAAGACUAACCCCGAACCCCCUAUUACCCUCUUCAUUUUCUCUCUUCCUCAUUUCCUCUCUUUGCCAUACCAAUCUUCAUCAACAGUGGUAGCCCAAACCCCCUAUUCCACCACAAUCGACAUAACCUUUUCAGCCAUAGGGGAGAUUUUGAAAGGAGCCAUUGCAAAAGGGGAAAUUUCACUGGACCACCAUUGUCUCCAAAGAGAUCGGUACUUCGUCAUUGUUAAUAUUCAAAGAGAUCCCAAACAGAUCCAUUUUCUAUUGCAACUAUAAUGGUAAAUAAAACAAAUGGGAACUCUUUGCUUGGCCAAUAUAAACGAUGGCAACCCAAAGCACAUUAUGAGCUUGAAUGCCAAUUCUGAUAGAGUUCUCUUCCAUUAUAAUGGACAUGGUGUGCCAAAACCAACUGCUAAUGGUGAAAUUUGGGUAUUCAAUAAGUUUGGAAUCAAUACAAUUUGGUACCAAUCGGCAGUAGUGGAUUGGCUUAGAGUGAUGCCUACUGGGUACUCAACCAUUGUCAAUCUUUAACUAGACUCCGAAAAGGUAUUUUACUUUGAUUGUUUGUUAGAUUGCACUCUCACACUUAGAUUUUAGUUGGUUUUGCUGAAAGGAAAGCAUUAGUUGCUAUGAUUGAGAACCUAUGGCGGUAAUGGACCCAUGGUCAUCAGGUCUCCGGUAAUGGACCCAUGGUCAUCAGUGUAUGUGUGCAGACAAGUGGAGUGAGAUCAACCAAUGACGCUAAGCUAGGAUAAGUUCUAUGGUCCUCCCAUCGAUUCCUUUUGUGAAGGCUAACAAUGCAGAACGCUCUGAGGGUGCUAGGUUUCGAUGGCUAGCUGAUGCCAACCUAUCUGAACAUUUGAAAAGGAGGAAAAUGAAGGCAUUAAUUCCUCAGAUUGUGCAAAUAAUAUAUUUUGGGGCAUUAUUGAUAUUUUGUGUUGGUUUACUGGUGGUUUUCGGUGGUUCUUUCGAUUGUUGUGGCAUGGUUUCCUUUAUAACAUCAUUGGUUUUCUUGAUUGAGCCAAUUCAGGGGGUGGGAAAAGCAUACAAUGAAUUGAAACAAGGAGAGCCAGCAAUUGAACGCUUGUUUGAUUUGACCAGGUUCCAAUCUAAGGUUGCAGGUGUUGAGAAAGCGACGAAAACGCGUCAAAGAUUCAAGAGAGAAAAAAGGGACACAGACUCACACCAGCCAAUCAAUACUCAUCACUCUCCAAUCUCACCCAAGAAAGAGAGAGAGCUUAAACCUUGUUUGGAUUGGAAUGGCAUGGCCUUCUCUCUCUUCCUUUCUUCCCUCAAAACCCCUACAAUCUCACUCAUCCUUCUCUCCAGUCUCCUCUUCUUCCUCUUCCUCACACCCUCCCCAAACUACCCCUCUACAAACCCAUUAAUCCCCCACAGGUCCCUCCUCAACACAACCACCACCACCACUACUUCCCUCUCCUGCUCCUCCAUUCUCCAAACCCCACCUCACAAUCGCUGCUCUUUCUCUCUCCUCCACUGCACUGGCGACCCUAACAGCCUCAUUAACUACUUCUCUCAAUCGCUGCUCUUUCUCUCUCCUCCACUGCACUGGCGACCCUAACAGCCUCAUUAACUACUUCUCUCUCCAUUUCUGCCUCUUCCACCAAAACCCAUUUGCCUCUGUGCCCUUUCUCUUCCUCACUAUCCUCUUCCAGUUCUAUGUCCUCGUCAAGACCGCUCAGGAUCAAUUCUCUGUUGUGGUCACCAAGCUCGUUACCCACCUCAAUUUGUCACCCAGUAUUGGGGCUGUGACUCUUCUUGCACUCGGCAAUGGUGCCCCCGAUGUGUUCGGCCGCUGCGGUCUGCGGAGGCCAUCCGAGGACUGGGUUCGGCGCGAUUUUGUCUGCCCGGACGUUUGUUUCGGCAUUGGUUGUUGGGUUUGUGGCGAUUUAUGCAGCACCCUUUUCGGUGGACCCUGUGCCUUUUGUGAGGGACGUGUUGUUUUACUUGACUGCAACUUUGUUCUUGUUCUAUGUGUAUCUUAGUGCUGAGAUUUUUCUAUGGCAGGCUAUUGGGUUUGUUGGGUUUUAUCUUUUCUUUGUUGGGUUUGUGUUUUGGAUGGAUUUGGGGAGGGAUGGUGGGAAAAGAAAAGGUGGGGUUGGUGUGGGUGGUGGUUUUGUUGGGGAUGUUGAGGUUCAGAAAGAUUUGAUUGCGCUGGAUUAUGAAAAUGAAGAAUUGUUGGGGAAAGUGGAGGGAGGGAAGCUGGGAUUUCAUUUUCGACAAGUUGGUAGGCAGGUAUGUUUUGGGUUACAAUUUUACAAUUCUGAUAUCUUGCAUUGUUUAUGAUCUAUCUGUGUAUUAUCUCAUCGUAUUAAUAGUGUGAAAGUUGUGAUUGCCUGGUUAAUAUUGCAAUUGGCUUAACUUAGUACAGGCUACAGCUAUCAUGUAUCAAUAAUAUAGUGUGAUUGGAACUUAGAUCUAAUUCUACAGUCUGAGUAGGGAUCUAAUACUUUAAAUGUUGAUUACUGGACCAGUGGGGACUAUUGGAGAUAGUAUAAAUUUGCUUAACAUGAAAUGACUAAGAAUGUAAUGGAUGCCUUCUUUUCCAAUGUAAUAUCUUGUUACGAGCUACAGUUCUGAUGA